GAAGUCACGUGGCGCAGGUUCACAUGACCGGCGGCGCGAUGGACCCGCUGCCCGCCGGGGCGGCUGAGGCGGACGCCGGCGGAGAGGCAGGUCCGGCCGCGGCAGAUGUGCCUGCGCCUCCUGUCCGAGAGAGGAGGGAGCUGGAGCCCAGGCAGAUGCAGGGGCCGCAGGGGAACCCGCUGCUGCUGUCGGCUUCACUGCAGGAGCUGCUGGCCAGGGACACCGUGCAAGUGGAGCUCAUUCCUGAGAAGAAGGGGCUUUUCCUCAAGCACGUGGAGUACCAGGUGGCCAGCCAGCGCUUCAAGUCCUCGGUGUACAGACGCUACAAUGACUUUGUGGUCCUCCACGAGAUGCUGCUCCACAAGUUUCCGUAUCGCAUGGUGCCAGCCCUCCCGCCCAAGAGGGUUCUGGGAGCCGACAGGGAGUUCAUUGAGGCCCGGAGGAGAGCACUGAAGCGCUUCAUCAACCUGGUGGCGCGGCACCCCCGUCUUGCCGACGACGCACUGCUCAGACUCUUCCUGGCCUUCGGUGGCUCCGAUGUGCAGAACAAACUCAAGGAGUCUGCGCAGAGCGUCGGAGACGAAUUCCUGAACUGCAAACUGGCCACCCGCGCCAAGGACUUCCUCCCUGCCGAUGUGCAGGCCCAGUUUGCUGUCAGCCGGGAGCUGAUCCGGAACAUCUACAACAGCUUCUACAAGCUGCGCGACCGGGCUGAGCGCAUGGCCACACGGGCCAUUGACAGCGCUGCCGACCUCCUCAUCUUUGGGAAAGAAUUAAGUGCUUUGGGGUCUGACACGACGCCGCUGCCCUCCUGGGCCACCCAGCACAGCAGCACCUGGGGCUCCCUGAAGCAGGCCCUCCGAGGCCUGUCUGUGGAGUUCGCGCUGCUUGCCGACAAGGCUGCAGAGCAGGGCAGACAGGAGGAAAACGAUGUGGUGGAGAAGCUGAACCUCUUCCUGGAUUUGCUCCAGUCCUACAGAGACCUGUGUGAGCGGCACGAGCGGGGUGUGCUGCACAAGCACCAGCGGGCCCUGCACAGGUAUGGCCUGAUGCGCAGGCAGAUGCUGAGCGCCGCCGUGCAGAGCCGCGAGCCCCAGUCGGUGGAGCAGCUCGAGUCGCGCAUUGUGGAGCAGGAGAGCGCCAUCCAAAUCAUGGAGCUGCGGAACCACUUCUCCCUGUACUGCCUGCACCAGGAGACGCAGCUGGUGCAUGCCUACCUGCCGCUCACCUCCCACAUCCUUGGUGCCUUCGUCAACUCGCAGAUCCAGGGCCACAGGGAGAUGAGCAAGGUGUGGAAUGACCUGAAGCCCAAGCUCAGCUGCCUCUUCGUGGGACCACACAGUGCCCUGACCCCGCCCAGCUCCCCGCAAGACGGCCCGGCCCCUCACUAGGCCCUGGUGCGGGGCCACACGGUGCCCUGACCCCGUCCAGCUCCCCACAGGACGGCCGACCCCUCACUGUGUCUGUGCACCCUGGUGCCCUGCAGCCACUCACUGAUGCCUCCUUCCAAGCUGGUGUCCCCGUGUAGUUCCGCAGCUGGCUGCAGCCCCACACCAGGUGCUGCCUGCCACGCACACACAGGCCAUGAGAGCACGGCGCUGAGUGCAGGGACGGGGAGGCAGGGCUACAGAUGUGCUGCUGGACGUCUUCCCUCUCCUUGGGGAUGCAGGGGCUCCCCCGAGGCUCUGCCAACCCCCAUUUCAGGCAGAUAUUCCCUCCCUGUCUGGGUGUGGUGUGGGGUGGGGUUCCUGUGUCCUGAACCUGAGAGCAGCGUGGGCUUCGCAGGGUGGGGUGCUGCCAUGUACCAGCUCUCCCGGCCGCCUCUGCCCCCACCCCAUGCCUGUGCUCUGGAAUCUCAGCAGGUGGGUCCUCAUGCUUUGCCCAGCACGGGGGGCCCUAAGCCAGAAAGGGCAUCCCUGCCCCUCUGUCCAGCCCCCGGCACAGUAGACACUUCCCUGACUACCUGCGGGACUCUCGCCGACCCCAGGGAGAUGGCACAUCCUUCCAUACACCUGUAGUUAUUUUCUCGUGGCCACGCGCUCGACCAGGCUGCCAGGCUGUCCAUGGGACCAGGCCAUCUCUGGCAGGAAGCACUUUGCAGGGCUGCAGGGCUGAUGACGAUCCACUAAACUGGAAUUGUUUACACACCAUCUCCCCCUGAGAGUUUUAUUCAGAAACUUUCAUGAAUAACUGUUAUUAAACACAUUUAUAGAA